AUGAAUUAUGAACUAAAACGAUACGGUAAAUGUAAACCGACCCCAGAGCUUCAAUCACUUGAAGAACGGGCAAAGAACAUCGUGAUCAAAACUGUGAACCUAGCUAAGCACAGAGUCGGCAUAAGACAAGAGUUGGAUGAACUUGCUGACGGUGCAGCCUAUGCUUGGGAAGGCCAUCGCCUGAACCUGAGCAGCAUCGUAACCCCUAUUGCUAUCACGGGCGAAGAGUUUAUAACCAAGACUAUUGAGAAAGAUUGGCAACUGACAGACGUCUUUAAGUAUCACCUCCAGUACAUGGGGGAGACAUGUGAUGAAGUAUCUCACUAUUACUAUUUCGAGGCCAUCUUCAGCCAACCGACAGCUGCGUACCCUAUACCUCAGGCAACAGGCUCGGUGUUUUUCAAGAUUGAAGAUAAGCAUACAGAGAAGGAAAAGGCACCGGUGAUGUGGUUCAGGAUUGAAGGUGACGCGACAGACCACGAUGUUCGUUACGUUGCGCCAACUCCUGACUGGAUCCUUGCGCUUAUUCAGAAGAAGAUGAUUUUUUUUAAGAGGAUUGAGACGAUCAAGUUGUUCUAA